AUGAGCGACUUAGCAAUGACAGGCCAAUGGAACUCUAUCGAUGGGGAGCUAAGCGCGGACGACGCAUUUUACGAUGCAGGUACUACUAAGCAGUUUUUCAUGAAUUCCCAUGCUGAAUACAGACGAGCUCCUGCCAAGCACUCACCACCACUUCCAGAAAAUCAUCUCCAAAGCCCAACCGAUUUUUGGGAGACCGAACGGGCCCUAAUGCUGAGCUUUGUGGGUGAUCGUAAUUUGUUUCCAUACCCGAUUGUGGGUACGGAAGUGGUGGAUACAACAGCUAUUGGUCCUCUACUACUAGAGGAGGAGGAGGAGGAGAUGGUUCUUGGUCCUGGCAAUUGUUCCGAAGUACUACCAAGUCCAGCUAUUGGUCACGACGCCGAAUUGACCUUGCAGCAGAGCAUCUCAGUUCAACGUGUGCUGCUUCCGCACCCGCUCCUCGUGAGUACAGAAGUGUGCGAAGAUGUGGGUCUUCGCCUAGCGGAGGAGGAGGAGGUUGCUUAUCAAGGCAAUGAUCCCGAACCCGUGUUAAGUCCGGGCGCUGGUCAGGGCGCUGGUUUCGAAGUAGACGAUAGCGACUUGGCCAUACUACAGAGCAUCUCAGGUGAUCGCCAACUACUUCGUCCACCACACUCGCCCGUUUACGUUCUACUUGGACGAGGCACUAGGGUAAACGUUUCCCCCGGAAAUAUCGUGUAUCGCGGAGAAAUAAGCUGGUUUUUCGACCAUUACAGCAGCCUAGCAAAGCCACAGAAAACUCGACUGAUCCAUAACUUGGUUGAAUCUUUUUUGUCUCGAGGCUUCCGGUUCAUUAGAGAAGAUGACGGGCAAGAGGAGGAUAAGAGAGAGGUGCUAUGUAGAAAGGUAUCCCAUUCCUUUCGAACUUUGAAGAAGAAGGUAACGAGGAACCAAACUGUAUCUGUUCCGGUGUAA